AUGGCCAACUCUCGCAUGGAGACCCCGGAUCUCGCCGUCCGCAUCUGCAAGGUGGCCGAGAGAUUCCUCAUCUUCGAGCCGGAAGCCGCUGCGCUCGUGCGCCGCCAGCACAACAUCAGCGGCACGCUAGUCGGCACCACACCCCAGCAACCCACCCAGAACAUCUUCCUCGGCCUGCCCAUCGAGCUACGGCCAGAAGAGGCCGAUGCCUUGGUUCGGCUGGGCGUAGCGUACGUUGUAGACAUCGCCGCGGCUCAUCGGAUGGCCCUGUCGUCUCUUUCCGCCGACACGGCGUCGCGGAACUCUUACAUGGAGUAUUUGCGUCGGCGAAAGCUGGCAGCACAGCAAGCACUUGCUGAAAGGAAUGCGAGGAAAGCCGCAGAGAUUGCCGACCGGCUCGGCCGACCUCGGGUUUCCCCGACUCAAGCACCCUCUCUCCUCAUUGCCAGGGGACCUGGCUGUGGUCCUACCCCAGGCGCGUCGCCUCAACCCCAUUCACGCCAGACCGAUGCCCACGUAAGCAGCCUCACCCUGGUCUCUAGCAGUCAUCUCAUCCCCGGGAUCGCCGACCACCAGCGCGGCAUAUCUGGAACGACAGGGGGGGCUCUCUGCCGCUUCCUCAAGGCAGGCGGCUACUACACAACUCCUGGUCUUCGAUUCGGGGCCCAGUACAGCGUGUAUCCCGGUGACCCGCUGCGUUUUCAUGCACACUUCAUGGCCAACCAGUACGAGUGGGAUGACGAGAUAGCCAUUCUUGACGUCGUUAGCGGUGGGAGGCUUGCCACAGCUGUGAAAAAGUCCUUCCUUCUCAGCGGCCAACAGCCUCCUUCGGAUGUAGCUCCAGUUCGAACCUUCAGCAUGGAAUGGGCUGCCAUGUGA